GGACAGCACAACCCCCAACAGCAACAGCAGCAGCAGCAGCAGCAGCGGCCCCCUGACAGGUCCUAUUAUCUGGAUGACUCACUGGAUGACUCAGACGAUGCCCCCCCGCCGUGGAGCCCCGUCAGCAGCGGCCACAGCCCGCUCGGCGGUGAGUCAGCCACCAGCCCGGCGGGCAGCGGCGGCGGCGGCGGCGGCGAGGGAGCGAGCGCCCCGCUGUCUUCGCAGCACAUGCGGUCGGGCCCGCUGCCGCAGAUAGCCGAGUUGGGGGAGAGCCUGGAAGCGAAGGAGACGGGCUGCGGGGGCGCAGGCGGAGGCGGAGGCAGACGCAUGGGCGGCAGGGACGGGGAUGGCGAAUGCAGGGGUUGGCAGCAGCCGUGA